AUGAUGUUUUCACCACACAACACCACAAAUCUUACAACUUACCAAGACCCUAAUCACAUGCCAGGGUAAGCUUGUAUUUUUUUCAAGUGUAUUCAAUUUGAGGGCUCCUGAUAAUUUAAAAAUACUCGAAAGUCGGUAAGAAACAACCUACUUGGGUCCGAAAUUGGUUAACCUUCGGUGCAGUUUCAUCCAGUUUUGGCGUCUCUCAAUAUAGCUUGGAUAUCACGUACUUCAAAAAUAAUGUCGCAACUUGUGUACAGGAAAAUCUUUAUGAAGGUAAUGAAUAUUAAGAUCUAAUAACUGACAAAAAAGUUAAUCCUUUCAAUCUUUUGAAAUUGUUACUACCUUACUGCCGGAACAUACAACAUUACAAGAUUCCUGAACUAAAAAUAAUUUUCCUUUCCAUCAUUUUUAGUUCAGAAAUAUUCUUAUGUUGCCAAGCCUUUUAAAUCCACCUUUCCGGAUAGAUCGCUCCCUACCAAAAUAUUGAUCACUUUUAUCAUCAAGUUGCCUCAUGAUUCUAUAAUUUAAUGCAAGCACAUUUUUCUGUUUUCUUUAGAUAUGCAGGUUACUGCCCUCGAGCAAAAUUCCUGUAUUAUGGUGACACAUUUGGUAACACCACAGCCAAAUGCUUCCAGGACAGACGAACAGCUAAGUUAAGUACCAGCAUCACGCAUGAUCCAGGAAUCAGCGCAGAUGGACAGCACAGAUUUCCCACAGUUUACUCAAACAUGCCUGACCUUGUUCUGUCAGCCAGGGCAAGAACCAGGGAACGUUGGCGCAAUGCUAAAAAAUAUUAUCUUUUCAAUGAACACCAAAGAGGAAGAGAAGUACAAGAAUUUGACAAGGUAUUGUUGCUGCCGCAACUCACCUGAGUUGAUAAUACGAACAGGCAUAGUUUAAAUACAUAUUUGAGGUUUGAACAAUAAAAUGAAUUGCCUGGCGCUCGAUCUUUACAAGAAAAUAGAAGUAUUCAGAGACCGUUAAGAUGCUGGGUUGACGGUACGUUUUUGAGAAGGCUAGGAGGCGGUACAAUUUCACCACAAACGAUCUCAGAAGAUGGACUAGCCGGCGGGGGACUGCGGACGGCUAACAACAAUAAUUCUUUCAGGAAGGGUGGGGUUACCAUAUUUCCAUGUUAAGAGGGCAAACGUCAAAAUUACUUGCCAUGUUUCUACCAAUCCGUCGCCCUAGCUAUGUUUGCCGAUAUGGCGGGAACGUCGACCGGAUUUAACAACUUUUACUGUUAAACUAUCCCGAACUUAAGUAUUUAUUUUCCUGCUUUUUUACUUGAGUUCAUGAAUAACUGGUCUCUCAUUUUGAACUUAUUAAGCUUUCACAGAAUCAUCGUAAUCAUUACAUGGAUCGAACAGGAACAGUUCAAAGGGUGGAGCGAUUUGUUAUGCCAAGGAAGGAACCGAUAGUUGCACGACGGUGAGUUGAGAUACAGAAAAACGUUUGUUAACCUAGCCUGUUCACAAAUCUGUGGACAGGCUAGUGUUAAGCAGACCCAUAUAAAGCAGACACCUAGUUUCAAAAGUCUUGCCAUUCCUUCUUGGUCAAGUGAAUGCAUUUUUCGGUGACGUUAACGUCACAAACUCGAUGGAACCAGGUAACCCAAAACGCAUAGGCCGUGUAGAAUAAUGAAGCCCACCGGAGGACUAGGCAAUAUCAAGCGGACAUUAAUAAAGGUCCACGGGUGACCGUGUAAAACAGGUUUCUCAGUACUUAUUGCUUGCGAGGGAAGGUAAACAGACUGUCUCACAAACAUGUUUGUGAGACCUCACCGAUUUGAAGUAGUGCAAGUUUUACUUUGCUGUAUUCUAAUUGUUUGUAGAAUGAACGGCGCAGAAAACUCCAGCCUUCUUAGAAAAGACUUCAAGAUAAAAUCUCCCCUCUGCGGUAUAUUUGUAUCAGAAGAGGAUAAGGACUUCAGAUCCCAUCACAAUCACCCUUUUAAAAUGAGUCCCCCUUCAACAUACACCUGGAGGGACCGCGCCUUGAGGGAUAUCUACUUUGAGAAGAGAUAG